AUGGCGCCAACACAACUUCCGGCUUCCGGAAAUCCUUUGGUUUUCUUUGACGUUACGCUCGGAGGUGAACCCCUCGGACGGAUCACCUUUGAGCUCUUCAAGGAUACUGUUCCUCGCACCGCGGAGAACUUUCGUCAGUUCUGCACCGGCGAGUCCAAGAACAGUCGAGGCCAGAGUCAGGGUUACAAAGGAAGCAAAUUCCACAGAAUCAUUAGCAAUUUUAUGAUUCAAGGCGGAGACUUUCUCAACGGCGAUGGCACUGGAAGUACCUGUAUCUACGGCACCAAGCAGUUUCAAGAUGAAAAUUUCGACUUGAAACACACCCAGAAAGGACUUCUCUCUAUGGCUAACUCGGGUCCGCACACCAACGGGUCUCAAUUCUUCAUCACCACCGUACCUACUCCUCACCUUGAUGGGAAACACGUCGUCUUUGGAAAAGUCGUCGACGGCCUCGAUGUCGUCGAGAAGAUGGAAAAAACGAAGACUGGUAGACGUGGACGGGAUAUACCAGACAUGGACGUAGUCAUUGCCCAGUGCGGUGAGAUGUAA